CUCUCUCUCUCUCGCUCUACAUCUUGCCGGUCGGCGUCUCUCUGCAUGUGCUGAGUGCAGAGGGAGCAGAGCGAGAGAGUGAGAGAGAGAGAGAGCGAGAGAGAGAGAGAGCGAGCGUGUCCGUCACAGACAGAGCCGCUGUGUCAUGAGGCUGGCGAGCGGGGGAAAGCCGCGGCGGAGAGAACGAGCAGCACAGACGGCCGGCUCCCCGGCGCCUUCACCUCCUCCGCGCGGCGGGAUCCUGGCGCGGCGCCCCUGUGAUGCGCGCGGGACGCGGGUUCGGAGGGGCUCGCGGCUCCGCUAGAGACGGCGGCAGCGGGAGGCGCUUUUGAAUGAGAGCCGGGCGCUCGUCCGCGCGUCCGCGGGGGGGCCACAGCUGAGCGGAUUACAGAGCGCCGUCAGACAUGUGGGGACACGUCCCCCAGCCCGCUCCGCCCGGUCGCCACGGUCACCCCAGGCACCGCGGCCACCUGGGCCACCCCUUCUACCGCGAGCCGUACAGCCAUAACCAGAGGACGACGUCUUUUAGGCACCCUGUGACGGGCCAGAUUUCGCCUGAAAACAUCGACUACGUCCUUCGAGAGCAGCCGAACUCCUGCAUGUCCAGGCCACACCCCGACCCCAGGCCCCCCAGCAUGGUCAGCGAGUCCUCCACCGCCGUGACCUCAUCGACGGUGGACACCGCCCCGGCGCCGAAGGUCAGAGAAGUUCAGGGCCCCAGAGCCGGCGGCAAGGUGCACAGCUUCGGCAAGCGGGAGCAGGCCGUCAAGAGGAACCGCAACGUGCCCGUGGUGGUGCGGGGAUGGCUCUACAAGCAGGACAGCUCUGGGAUGAGGCUGUGGAAACGCAAGUGGUUUGUGUUGUCGGACUACUGCCUCUUUUAUUACAAAGACAGCCGAGAGGAGGCGGUCCUGGGCAGCAUUCCCCUGCCCAGCUACGUGAUCUCUCCGGUGGAGCCCGACGACCACAUCAGCCGCAAGUACGCCUUCAAGGCCAGCCACACGGGCAUGCGCUCGUACAUCUACAGUAAGAGCUCUGUGAUUGGCUCGCAGGCCGAGCACAGCGGCAUGAGGACCUACUUCUUCAGCGCCGACACGCAGGAGGACAUGAACGGCUGGGUCCGCGCCAUGAACCAGGCUGCCCUCAUGCAGAAUCACAGCUCCAAGAGAGAGUCCGCAAAGCUGGAGAAGCUGGAGCGACAGGCGGUCCAGCAGACCAAUCACGUCAACAGCCACAGCAGGAGCCCCGCCCUGCGGCGGGUGGAGCAGGCGGGCAGGCAGCCGUCCGGCGUGGAGGCGCUGGAGGAGAUCCGCGCGUCGCAGGGCGAAGAGGAGCGGCGCAGCCGUCGCAGGGCCAAGACUCCGCCCGCGAUCGUCCCUGAGGCCGACGGCCCCUCCCCCAACCCGGCGGGCCCCCAGCGCCCCGCCUCCACGGGGCCCGUGCACAGGAACGGGAACGGCGUGGGCGUGGAGCAGAACGGGAACGCGGUGCAUAAGAGGGGCCUGGUCCCACGCUCCGACACGGAGAGGCAGGUGCAGAGGAAGACCACCCUCGCACAGGUCCAGCACUGGGUCAGGGCACAGAAGACCGAGCCCAAGAGCCUGCCCUCCUCUGAGCACACGCUCCCCCGCCGGACCCCCCCGAUGCAGCCCAGAGUCAGCGCAGUGGAGGCCUACCAGUCGUUGCCAAAGACGUCGCGGCUGUCGUCCGGCGGGAGCUCCCCGCAGGCCCCCCGCAACCUGCCCAGCGACUACAAGUACGCGCAGGACCGGCUGAGCCACUUCCGCAUGACCACGGGCGAGCGCUCGGCGUCCCGCGAGGGCACCGUGUGGCAGCUCUACGAGUGGCAGCAGCGCCAGAACUUCCGGCACGGCAGCCCCACCGCGCCCAUCUACACCCCCGCCCCUGACUACCAGGACCCCGCCUCCUUCCGCGUCGCCAUCGACGUCCCCCGCUGCAUCUCCGUGCCCCCCUCGCCCUCCGACAUCCCCCCGCCGGGACCCCCGGGCAAGCCCACGUCCCCCCGCAGGCCCCACACGCCGGCCGACAGGGUCACCGUCCGCCCGCUGGACCAGAUGCCGCCCGCCGACGUCCCCGCCUCCACCUCACCCCUGCGCGUGCGGUCCCACCGCUCCAAGACGACACCGGUGGACAGACGCUCGAUGCCGGCCAUGGGCUACAUCACCCACACAGUGAGCGCUCCCAGCCUGCAGGGGAAAACGCCGGAGGAGCUGACCUUGCUCCUGAUUCAGCUCAGGAGACACCAGGCUAAGAUGGCGAGCGCGCGCAACGGUGCUCUGGCCCACCUGCAGCAGCUCAAUGGCCCCUCUGUGCCCCGUCUCCAGAUCAAAAGUGUUGAGCCUUUGAUCACCGUGGUUCGCAGUGUGUUACAAAACUCGGCUCAAGGUUAUCAGACCGUUGUGAACGUCACGGCGCGCGAAACGUCGAAAGACAGAUCGACGAAACCAGUCAAAAUAGCUGAGAGUGACGUCGACGUCAUGUUGAGCAGGUUGUGUGAACAAGACAAGAUUCUUCAGGAGCUGGAGACCAGGAUUCGCACACUGAAGGAGGACAAGGACAAGCUGGAGUCGGUGCUGGACGUGUCCCACCAGCAGAUGGAGCAGUACCGGGACCAGCCCUCCCACGCCGAGAAGAUCGCCUACCAGCAGCGCCUCCUACAGGAGGACGUGGUGCACAUCCGCGCCGAGAUCUCCCAGGUCUCCACGGAGAUGGAGAACGCGUGGAACGAGUACGGCCGGCUGGAGAUGGACUUGGACCAGCUGAGGGGGGCUCUCCGAGACCAGAUGAAUCGCAACAUCCUCUCCCAGCUGGAGAAGGAGCAGAUGAGGAGGGAGCUGUGGAGGGUGGAGGACGUGCUGGCUGGCCUCAGCUCCAGCAAAGCCAACUACAGAGUCACCAUAGACUCUAUGAAGAACCCAGAGAGGAAACUCGUGCCUUCAGCGUCGUCCUCAGUGCCUUCUCAGUGUGUGAGUGCGCCUGCAGGGGAGACAGGCCCCGCCCUCAGCCACGCGCAGCCAGCCAAUGACAGCAAGCCUUCUCAGCAGUCGGCUCUGUACCCCCAGAGCUUCGUGCUCCACAAAUCUGUGCCAAAGUGGGCAGAGGAAGGUGCUCCACCCCGCCCCCCCCUGCCGCAGGUGUACAGCCCUGAGGAGCACCCCCCCGUCGUGCCCCCCCUGCCCAAGGAGACCUCUGUCAUCAGACACAUGUCCGUCCGUGGCCUCAAGCGCCAGUCCGACGAGCGGAAACGCGACAGGGAGAUCGGCCAUUUUGUCAACGGCGACUACAAGGUGGAGUUGCGGUCGUACCUUAGCGAGCCGGAGCUGCUGGGAGUGGGGGCCGGCUCAGGGCCCAUGGGGCUCGUUGGAGGGUACCAGACUUUACCAAGCAGAGGACCGACUGGCUCCUCCUCCAGGCUGAAUCAGUCCACUAACAUCUCGUCGUACGUCACGCUCAGAAGAGGAGUCACCGCCUCGGUUCUGAAGGAGAGACCAAAGAGUGCCUUGGAGCGGCUGUACUCGGGCGACACGGCGCCGCGGGGCCGCAUGAGCGCCGACGAGCAGCUGGAGAGGAUGAAGAGGCACCAGAAGGCGCUGGUGCGGGAGCGCAAGAGGACCCUGAGCCAGGGGGAGCGGCAGUCCUCUUCCUCCCGCACCUCGUCCUCCUCGCGGCCCCUCUCCGCCGACCUGGGCUCAUGGAGGCGGGAGCAGGACUUUGAUUGGCAGCUGUUGGAGCGGGCGGUGCAGGGGGAGGAGCAGCCUCCAGAGCACCACGAGACGCCGAGGCCGCAGUCUGACGAGUGGCUGACCGUCAGAGCCACGCCCAUGAGGGAGUUAGACCUCGAGCCGCUGGACUAUGACCUGGACCUAAGCCGAGAGUUAUCUAAGCCAGAGAAGGUGUGCAUCCCUGAGCGCUAUCUGGACCUGGAGCCCGAGGAGCCGCUUAGCGAGCAGGAGAAAGAGGCCCGGCACCGCAAAGUGGAGCGCAUCAAGAGCAUCCUGGCCAAAUCCAGUGUUCAGAACAUACCGCCUCCAGUAGCCGUGGACAAGCCGGACGUCACAGUGCUGGACUCGGCCUUGCAGGAGCAGGAGCGGAUCAUCACCAUGUCCUACGCUCUGGCGUCUGAGGCCUCACAGAAAAGCAAGGAGGUGGCAGCUCCGCAGCAGGUGUACGAUCCCUCCGCCCCCCCUCCUCCUCUUGUCACACGGGCGCCUCACCCCUCUCCUAUAAGCAAUGGAUUUCACUACACGUUUGUCUAAUAAACGGCAAGCAAACGAGGGAAAGCGGGGAGAGCUUACCUGUCACCCAGGUAUAAAGCCAAAGCUGUGUCCCAACACUGAGGUGCUAACAUGGGACGAGUCACAGCAGACUGGACCCUGGAGGACUGAAGAGCUUCAUUUGGCGUGGUUUUAAAGAUUGUUUAACACGGAUCUUUUAAUGCUUAACAUUUUAGCGCCCGAUAUAUGACUUGUUUUUGCAACCCUCCUUUUUUUAUAUUAGAGCUCAAACAAACUUUAUUUUCUACAGGAAAUGGGAACUCUGCUGUGGAAGCCACUGUAUGUUAACUAUGGAAGUGUCUAACAAUGUUAAUAUUGUUGUAGAAAGAGGUAUUGUACAUGCUGUUGCACUUUUAAUAAUACAGUAUCAUAGUGAAGAUUUGGAAUGCGUAUGGUUUUUACUCAGAAAGAGAAACAUUCGCUAUGCCUUGGAGUGUCUACUGCUGUUCAUGGGAUAUUUUAAGGGAAAGUUAAGCUGUUGUACAACUGAAAGUCACAGAAAGAGACAAAAAAUUGAUUGUAUUUUUGCCAGAUCUCAGAUGUUAUUCUUACACCAAAUCACUUAAAAUAUUAUUUUUGUGUAACCCAGCACUGCCAGUGUAAGUUUCAUGUUAGCUUGCCAAACUGAUUUUAUUUUUGCUUACAACAUUGCGGCGAUGAAAUGACAACCUCAAAACUAUUUUCUCGAAAUAAUGUGGAUAGAAAAAGGUACAUGAUGCAAAUUUUGAAAAAAUGUAAAUAUUAAAGUUAUUAACCAGAUAUUUUUGCCUCAUAUUUUGUCACUAUACCACACAUUAAGGAACUGCAAGUACAGUAUUAAAACCAUUCCUGCCUUGAAA